AUUGAAAAAAAAUCGAAACCGAUUUAGAAGCUAUUUGAAUUCAUUUACUUUGUUUACAUAGAAAGUUGGUUGGUCACUGAAGCCAGAUCGACAAAGCAUAGACUUCUCAGGCGGAACAACAACUCUGCAUCCUGUUGCUUCAGUCUUGGCGGCUUCUACAACUAAUUACGAGCGAUCUGAGUCAUAAACUUUAAUUGGUGUGAUACAUUUUGUGGUUCUCAGCGAUCAGUUGUGCCGAAAAUAACAGCACGAAAACAAGGAAGAGGAACAGUUGAGCUUACACGAGGCGAUUGAGAGUGGCCAGUGCAUGAGCGAGGUUGUCAAACAAGUGAACGAUUCAUAAUUUUCGACUAACAUUCACUAGCUCGUUUGAACCAUGAAUGCAACGGUAAAAACAGAACAGAACAGAACAGACAACUUCAUUGAUGAACCAUUAGCAUCGUUCUAUGUUCGUGUUGUCUUGUUUGCCUUCAUUAUGCUAGGGAGUGUACUUGGAAAUGCCGUGGUGUGUAAAUCCAUUUUGUCGUUACCUACUCGUCAACUUCUAUUUUCUUAUUACUUGGUGACCAAUCUCGCUGUCGCUGAAACCAUCAGCUCACUUUGUUUCCCGUUCUACUUCGUUUAUGACUGGUUGAAUCAUUGGCCUUUUGGUGACGUCGCCUGUAAGCUGGUGUUUCCCAUUCAAAUGACGGCCAUGUUUGUGGAGACUUAUACGCUAGCUUUCAUUGCGGCUUACAGAUAUCGAGUGAUAGUCUCCAGUUGCCACCAGUUAGCCUCUCGUUCGCUAGCCAAAGUGUUGCUAGUACUUGGUUUGUUGUGGGUUGCCGCUUUGAUAGUUGUGCUGCCAGUUGGAGUGAUGCACGCCGAGAUCAAGCUCCCGUCUGAACAAAACCACUGUAGAGCCCUGUUCCCUGGUGAUACAUCGCAAGAUGCCUCAAGACACACUAAAUACUCUAUUGCUCGUUUCAUCGUGAGUUUUGUUGUUCCGUAUCUCAUUAUCUCGAUAUCGUACGUUGCUGUGGCUGUCAAGAUCAAAACCCACGUGACUGAGUUAAAUGCAACGCGCACAAAUGGUGUAACCGGAGAGGAUCUACCGCCUCAAAAUGGACAUGCCCGAUUCAUCGAACUAGAAACAAUGGAAGGGAAUGCUUGGGUGCAGAACGAAAACGGAAAGAAAACCAAAGCAAAACGUCAAACUGGUAAAGUUGGAUGUCCAAGGCACGCCUUGCCUCCCGUCCAAGCCGUCCGAACAAGAGAUGAUUGCAGUAGUGUCAUGAACUUCGAAGUGGACAUUCUCAGAAUGAUCUAUUUGAUCAUACUUACUUUUAUUGUUUGUUAUAUUCCUAUCCAGGUUGUGUUUAUCUACGAACAAGUAAAGGGCGGGCUAUCUGAUUGGCCAUAUUACAUUAUUGUAAGGAGGUAUGCGUUCCUUCUGACUUGUCUUCCUGGGGCAUUUCAUCCUAUUCUAUAUGGAACAAUGAGUAAAUUUUACGCUAAAGCGUUUGCUACACUGGUGUCGUGCCAUACGAAGUGAGCUGCCAUGCGUUUACACUUGAUCCCGGCAAAUUAAACCUUGCACAUAUAUCUUUUAGACCUUGGAGUAAAUUGCCAGCUACGAACUAGCGCAGAAACAAUACUUAAUUGCAAACAGUGAAGAAGGAAAUUCA